AUGGAAGAUGGAGUCUCCAACGGCGAUGCUGAUACCACCGCACCUCGAACCCCGCCGCCUCCACCGAGUCCCAAGGCCGCUGAGAAAGCGUCAGUCGAUCACACCCACCAGUCGAAGUCAGACGAGCCCUUGAAGCUCGAGAAUGAGCAGUGGGACAUAUGGUCCAUCUCAGCAGUAGCCGCACUACGUAUGUUGCGAGAUGCACUGGACACACUGGCUGAAGCAACGGGCGAUAUCCCACCUACACCACCAGUCACACAACCAACGACGCCCAACACCGAGGAAGACCGUCUACUGGCGCUUCGAAGACUGUCGUCUCCCGAAGUUGCGUUGUCGAUAGGAUCACCGGAAGCACAUCCCCACGAGCCACUCGCUGUCACUCAGGACAUACCAGACAUCACCGUCCAGCACGCGGUAGUAGCUAGGCGCUUCUUCUCGAAGACCGCGCCUGCAUUCUCUUUGGACGAAUACCUGCAACGCAUACACCAGUACUGCCCACAUUCGCCAGGCGUCUACCUCGCUGCGGCAAGCUUAUGCCACCGUCUGUGUGUCGCGGACCUCAAGGUGCCUGCCACGAACAGGACGGUCCAUCGGCUGGCACUGGCAGCAAUCAGAGUCUCGGCAAAAGCGGUGGAAGACAAUAAAUGGCACCAGAAGAGAAUGGCGGGCGUGGGUGGAGUGAGCAUAAGUGCGCUCACGCAUUUAGAGAUCGCGCUGUGUUACCUGCUGGACUUCGAGCUGUGGAUGGACGACAAGGUGCUAGCGAGAGGGAUCUUCUUGCUGCAGCAGGCUGCUCGGCAAGGAGCAGGCGCGAGAGGGAAGCUGAGUGAUCAGUUCAAGCUGAAGCUGCCGCUACGGAAGAAGAUGGCGCUGGCGCAGGGCUGA